AUGUUGCAUGCCCUUGAUGGAUCUCUGGGAAACCUUGUCCGAAGUGAUGCUUUGAAAUGGAUCUUUGUUGGUGGCAAAGGUGGCGUCGGAAAGACGACAACAUCGUGCUCUUUGGCUGUAGCCCUCUCUGCGACAAGAGGUUCAGUUCUCUUGGUGUCAACCGAUCCCGCUCACAACCUCUCUGAUGCCUUUUCACAAAAGUUCACGGGUGAACCGACUCGUGUGAACGGCUUUGAUAAUCUUGAUGCCAUGGAGGUAGAACCAACCUCUCAUCCGGGCUUGCCUGCAAAUGCUGAGCCACCGAGUGAGCUUGUGCAGGCACUGGGAGGUUCUGACGCUGCUUCCGCAAUGCUUGGUGACGUGGGUAACGCAAUACCUGGUAUAGACGAAGCGAUGGCUUUCGGCACGUUGAUGAAAAGCGUCCGUGAGAUGGAGUACGACGUCGUAAUAUUCGACACGGCCCCAACUGGUCAUACAAUGCGUUUGUUGGGUUUCCCAGGUCUACUAGAGAAAGGGUUAGGGCUAUUUCGCGGAUUAAUGGAUCGCUUUGGACCGAUGGCAAGUACAUUUGCCUCAUCAAUGAAUAUACCAGGUCUAGAUGUACAAGAAAUGGCAUCGAAUAUCGAAUCCAUGCUAGAGGUUACAAGAGAGGUAUCGGCUACGUUCGCUGAUUCUUCAAAAUGCACGUUUGUUUGCGUUUGCAUUCCUGAGUUUCUCAGUGUUUUUGAAACUGAGCGUCUGGUCCAAGAAGUUGGAAAGUUUGGCAUAUCCGUGAACAAUAUUGUGGUCAACCAAAUCAUCCGACCGGAAGAUAUAGCCGAAAAAGACGAUGCGGAGUCCUUGUAUAACGCGCGGCUUGCAAUGCAAAGAAAAUAUAUGGAACAAAUUGUGGAGCUUUAUGGCGAGGACUUUCACAUUACUGCCAUGCCGUUGCUCUCUGGUGAGGUGCGCGGAAAGGAGCGUCUGAUUGAAUAUUCGGAUCUCAUGUUGGUCGAAAAGAAGGAGUUUACUGAAGGAAUUGAAGGAAUGAAUGACAUAGGGGAAUACGAAGGAAGCCUGAAGAAUCUAGUCGACGACAGAAAACUGCGGUGGAUUUUCGUGGGUGGUAAGGGAGGCGUCGGAAAGACAACAACAAGCAGUUCACUGGGUGCCGCUUUGGAGAAGAACGGAAAAAAAGUACUGCUGGUCUCCACUGAUCCCGCGCACAACCUCUCUGAUGCAUUUUCGCAGAAGAUUUCAAGCGGGACCGACCCCACAAAAAUAAAGGGGUUCAAUGGACUUUAUGCUCUGGAAGUCAAUGCCACAGAGGCGGCCGAAGAUUUCGUCACGAAGCUAUCUGAAACAACUGAAGGCCUCUCGGCAAACGGCGGAGCCACGGACCUACUCCCAGUAGAAACCGUCCGUCAACUUCUUUCUUCGGUGCCUGGUAUUGACGAGGCAGUGUCCUUCUCACAGAUUGCCAAGCUUGCGAAAUCCAUGGAUUUUGAUUCUAUUGUUUUCGAUACAGCCCCGACGGGCCAUACGUUACGCUUGCUGCAGUUUCCCACGGUUGCCAGCAAAGCUUUAGCACGGAUCGAUGAGAUGAAAAGGAGCCUGACUCCUAUGUUAUCAAUGUUGACAAAUGGAGACCCAACGAUGCAAGCGAAAGUUCGCGAAGCAGAAGCCCAGCUCGAGUCGGGGCGGAAAGGGCUGGAAGAAGUCACGAAGAUUCUUGUUGACGACGAAAUCACAACAUUCGUUUGCGUUGCCAUUGCUGAAUUUUUAUCCGUAUACGAAACUGAACGUCUCGUGCAGGAGCUGUGCACUAUGAACAUUAACGUGCGCAAUGUAUUGGUUAACCAGCUUAUGAGACCGAAACAAGCGGAUAUCAUAGGCAUUUUGAAAAGUCGGUCAAGCAUGCAGCGCAAGUACCUUGACCAGAUCGACGAGCUAUACCCUCGAGAAGAAUUUCAUAUCACGUACAUGCCGUUGUUGCCAAUGGAGGUUCGUGGUGUUGAGGCAUUACGAAAAUAUGGACAGCUAGCCAUCACUGGUGCUCCAUAGUGUAGUGUUGCAUAACUGACGAUAUUAGCUUUGAUUUAAACAGUUAACAUCAGUUGGAAAUGAAUGUACUGCCUGCAGUCUUGAACUUC